CACACCCACCCCGACCACCGGCCAACCGUCCCACCACCUUCCUCCUUCGUCGGACCUGGCUGGCCCCAACCUCUUCCUUCCUUGCGCCGCCUCAUGAAUCCAGUGCUUCCUACCUCACCGGCAAGUCGCCCACCGUGGAACCCCACUGCUCGAUCCCGUCGCCGGCUUAUGAGGAGGACUGUAUCUGGCCGCCCUUCUCCCUCCCCUCCCCUUUCAUGGAUCCACCUCGUAGAAAAAGACCCGCCGUCCAUUCCCAUGGCCACAAACCUCCCCCCUUCCUGUCUCCAAGCAGACGGCCCAGCCAGAUCCAGCCGUGGUGCGCCAAGCAGGCGGCCGUGCUCCACUUUCCCAUCUCCAUGCCCGUUGAAAAAAUUGGGUUCGAGCCCUCAUGCAGUUGGUGCCUUCUCGUGGAUCUGGAUCAAAUCUCGCUCCAACUGCGGCCAUCUGGUUGUGCAACGGUUAGUACCACCGGCGACGAGGAGCGCGGCUCCCUCCAAGCUCCCCUCCUCCUUCUGUGCGGUACAAAGAGGAGUGCGGUGCUCCAUCUCCACCAUGCGGGCUCCUCCUGCGAUGGGAAGUUGGGUAUCUGCCCCGGCGACCACUCCCAAGCCGCCACGAUUGGCCCCGAUGGCGCGGCCACCCUCUACCAUGCCCCUUCUCCACUUCUCCUUCUCCUUCCCCGUGGUGCACGAGAAGAACCCCUGACGGUCCCAGCUUGGAGCGAGCGGGCAUGCAACUCAGAGUGAGCGAGCAGACAUGAUUCAGUCGCUGGGGACGGGAUUCGACCACCGGGGAUGGGAUUCUGUGGAGGCAUGACUCCCGCAUCACAGAAAAAUCAAACGAUAGAGGGCCACGAGCUUCACCCCUAGCCCUGCACGGGACGACGAUGAUGGCCCGAGGAUGAAGACGCCGACAGCAUGGCGUGCAGCUCGUCGCGGCUCAAAUUGUAGCUCGGUAUGCCGAGGCUUGCAGUCCGCUCGCUUGGGUGCACCGUUCUUCAUGCAUAUCGCCAUGUGUGGUCCCCCUCCUUUCUUACAGUCGUGCACUCCGGCGAUCAGAGUCGUGCAUUCUGUGACCGCGGCUGUGCAGCUCGGUCAAGUGCGCAAUGAAGUUCCAUGCACGUGAUGUUCGACGAACGCAAGUGCACUGCAGCUCCUGAUGGUGGACUGCGGAAGGUGCAGUGUGGCUGACGCACUCUUGAAGUUCAGAUUUUUCUUUUUGUUCUUUUUCAGAUUCCGAUUCGGCACAAACACUGCAGUUUGCCUGGGUCGUCUGUGAAGUGCGACUGGGUGUCUAAUGCUGUUUUUUUUGUUGAUUUUUUAGGUUUCCAAAGACAUCUGUGGUUCGCACUAAAAAAAUUCACGUUGGACCACUUGUUUGUAGGAGCAAUUACUUCAACCGCGUGUGGUUAUUAGAUUUUUGGGUAGAGGGAAUAUCUAUGCAGUAUUGCAGUUCAUUGUAAAGUUUUGUCUUUGGAAACUUCCCUUUGUAAAGAGAAAUUUGUAAGGCACCCAUUUACUUCAGUAAAGUUUUGUCCGAUGCAGUUUGGAACACA